AUGAAGACAGACAGACAGUUACAAGACACAAGUGCAUUCAAUCUAGAUACAGCAUUUACUAUCAAUGUCAGUGGAAAACCUUUUUAUCUCAGUUGGAAGUCCUUGAUUUCAGAUGGACCCAACAACUUCUUUACUCGACAGCUUAUCAAGAAUAAAACCACGCGUGUUCUUCACAUAGAUAGAAGCAGAGAUACAUUUGAGUUUAUUGCACGCCAUUUAAGAGGAUACCCAGUUAUCGCAAAAGACGAAUAUCAGCAACAAGAUAUGUUAAGUGAUGCUCAUUACUAUGGCCUCAAUAAGCUCAUAAGAUCCUUGAGCCAGUUUGUUUAUCUCAAUAUUGGUGGUACAACGUUUCGUGUAAGAUGGGAGUUGUUUGAUAAAGAUGGUCCCUAUAAUUACUUUACUGGAUUUCUAAAACAAUCCCUACUAUCUCCCCACACUUCUCUUGGUGAAUCACCCCCAAUUUGUGUUGAGCGUGAUCCAGAGGUAUUCAAGGACAUCAUUAGGCACUUGCAAGGUUAUUCUAUUUCUAUCAGAAAUGAACAGCAUCGACAACAAUUACUGUCUGACGCACAAUUCUACCUAUUGCGUCGAUUGCGGGAUAAACUUAAAUGCAGUAUAUCUACUCAAGAAAUGCUUCUUUAUCACCAGGACAUUCGCUCUCAAUUCUUUGUUGUAGAAGAUAAUGUUGUGCUAUACAGACAGGACAAAGAAAUGUUUACUUUGCUUAUUCAAAUCAAUGAUACCCACGCUCAGUACAAUCAAAACAACAAGACAUUUAUGCUAGAACAAGACAUUUCAUUAAGAGAUCCUCGAUGGAGUAUUUCUAAACAGAUCAAGGUUGACAAAGAUUGUGCUAUUAUUCAACAGCCAAAAAAAGAAUCUACGUUAGACGAAUUUGUUGAUUCUUUAUUGUCUCUUGAUGAACACGAAAAGCAGUUCAGUAUUGAAAAAGCAAUAGCACAAAAGAGGCAAACAUGA